AUGCGAAAGCUGAUUGUCUUCGUACCCGUCACGCAAGGGUCCAUCGACCACGAGUUUCUCGGUGUUAUUGAUGCAUUGGCCGAAAGACUUGCCAAGCUGGAGAAGUCAAACACAGAUGACAGCGUAAUCUUUGCAUCAUCUCCACCAAGCACUGCGAAUCACGAUAGGGACUUGAGUGUGCCUUCAUCUCUGCGAGCAGCUCAGGGCGAUGCCGCCAGAGCAUCUGUGAAGAGAAAACACCAUACAGUGCAUUUAUCCAAUGAAGCAAGCCCCUCUGAACAGCAAGACUGGAAACGUCGAGUAUCGCAGAGUAUUCAUCCGAAAGUCCAUGGUGAACGCCACUCUCCAGGGGCAACGCGCCAUGCCAGUGAGGCGAGGGAAUAUAUUGAACAUGAGCUGCAAUGCAACCCAGCGCUUUCUCACGACAGACGGACUGCCCUGGAAAUGGCACGCAAGUUUGUCAGUCAAUUGUCCAACCCGGGCUUGCAUCGCGAGGAAAAUGUCGGUUGCGAGGAGCUGGAUGUUGAGGAUAAUCUGGCGCCUCCAGAUCUCACACCGGAGUUAUUGUAUAUGAUGCUGCCCGGGCCUGAUAAGAAAACCAACUCUCAAGGAACGAUUGCCUGGCCAGAUCACAUCUCCGAUAAGGCUCUGGAACGAAUGGGGCUAGCCAUUAUCGAGCGCAGCGAGAGUGAACAAGUGCUUCAACUCUACCGAAUCAGUGUGUGGGUGAAAGCCGUUUCCUGCAUAUCGAAAUUGGCACCCUUGAUCUCCAGUGAGCCCUUGAAGGUUCAUUUCAGGAAAUUGAAAAAGCAAUAUGAGGCCGGUGCUACCGAGGAAUUAAAUUCAAUUCCGCUGACGGCUUCUCCCAGCUUACCUUUGCUACAGGCUUUACUGUCCGGUAAACGCCUCAUGCAGUAUUUGGGCAACAUGUCACGCUGUUGGAUGCUCACAGCCCUCGCAUCCAAAGUCAUUGUUGCCUUGAACUACCACAAUGUAACGGACAGUGUACCUCGGAAUGAGGUGGAAGAGGAUAUCCACGCCUGCAUUUACACUUGCUACUAUUUCGACAAGACGCUGAGUCUGCUUCUCCUUCGGCCACCAUCACUGCCCGAGCUGAAGGUUGAGCCAGCACAAUUGAUCCAUAUGGACCCCCAGUUACCUACCACGGCAAUGAUUGCUGGGAUUGUCGAGUUCGCGCAUCUCAAAAACGCACUAGUGAACAUACUCCUUGACAUCAAAGAGCUGGGAGAUACAGAGAAGGCGAAUAUCCUCUCUGAUCUUGUCGUCCGCGCCCAUACAAUUCACUCGAAUCUGCAAAUGCAUCGAAGCCGCCAAGAAUUGGAAUUUCCUGCCACAUGGGGAAUCUUGCGGCGUGAGUGGCUGUCCAUGGAUUUCAACUAUUACUCCAUCUUGACCACUAUCAUCCGCGCGCGAUCAUCAGUGCUAAAAUCUCGCUUGGUAUGUGAAGACUGCCUGUACGCAGCGCGUCAAGCUUUGACGACACUUCGAGCCUUGCAAGAAGCAUUCUCGGGCCAUGCCAGCUCUGUGGAUUCGUAUCCAUAUUUCCUCACCUGGACAAUGCUACUAUUCCCGCUUUCGCCCUUCUUUGUCCUUUUCUGCAAUGUUGUCGCGACCUCAGACCACAGAGAUUUCGAAAUGAUCAGAAAGAUCACAGACGACCUGCGACAGUUUGCCAAAGCAAAUGCGUCCAUCGGCAAAUUAUACGGGCUAUUUGCGAAAUUUAUUGAUUUGUGCGCACCAUUAAUCAAACCCAAUCCUCUCCCCGGUGCAUCUGAACAGCCUCACGCCCCCUUGCAUGACGAAAAUAAUGCAAGUCGGCGGGUGUCGGGCCAAAUGAACUUCUCCCACCCCGAUAUGCUACGCCACCCCUCUGGCCAGGUCCUCAACCCGCUUCCAUGUCCUUACCCUAGCAGCGAGGAGGCCCCUGGCGUUUCCUCUGUAGGGGGGUGGGAUGAUAUCCUAAUGUGGGAGUUGUUUGAUAACCAACCGUCCCUGGGGUGGACGGAAUCGGAGCUGUGGGAUGCAAUGACGCAAUUGAAUGCUACGUGA